UCUCCUCCAUCAUGGGAUUGCGAAGCUGUAAUCAUCCCAAACAUCACAUCUGCGAAUUUCCCUUCAAAUUUCUGUAACUUCUCUCUCUAGAUUUUCAUAUAUACAGCUGUAUGUGUUCAUGAAUUCAUCGAACUGGCAUGUGGCUCCAUUGAAGGGAUAGUGGAGUUCUGCUGAGCUCUUGAGAUUUAUCAAACAAGUGUGGAUAUACAUAUUGAUAUACGUUUAGUCUGGAGCAUUUUCUGGUGUGGUGGAGGUGAUUGAUACAAUGCGAUUGUUUCCAAUUUCUACGAGCUCAGAUAGUUCACCAAGGGAGCAGAACUCGGAGAAAAGUCAGUCGCCGAUUUACCUAAAUAUAUAUGAUCUCACUCCCAUAAACAACUAUCUUUACUGGUUUGGAUGUGGGAUUUUUCACUCUGGCAUUGAAGCACAUGGUCUGGAAUAUGGAUUUGGAGCUCAUGAGUACCCAACUAGUGGAGUGUUUGAGGUUGAACCCAGAGGUUGCCCUGGUUUUAUCUUUAGACGUGCUAUCCAUUUGGGAAGUACCGACAUGUCUCGUUCAGAAUUCCGGUCAUUUAUGGAACAUCUCUCCAGCGACUAUCAUGGUGACACAUACAAUCUAAUUUCUAAGAAUUGCAAUCAUUUCACUGAAGAAGUUUGUCAACAACUCACUGGAAAACCUAUACCUGGGUGGGUUAAUCGAUUGGCACGAUUAGGCUCUUUCUGCAACUGUCUGCUGCCUGAAAGUAUCCAGGCUACUCAAGUGACACAGCUUCCUGAUGUUGAAAUGUGUUCAGAAGAUGGUACCGACCUUGGUGCAUCAUAUGCAACAGGAGAAAGCGAAGAGGAGGAACUAGACCACCAUCUGAUUACCACAGCAAGCAGUGACAUAGCAUUUUUGAAAGAGAAACCAGUGAGGCUAGCAAAAGAUAUUCAUUGAUUUUAAUUUUGAUUUCGAUUUCUCUCACCCUGCACUUUCUUAGUUCUCUUGCUUGUACAAUUAGUGUGUAAAUCUCCAUUGUAUUUUCUUAUACAUGAUAGUGUUGAAACAAAUUCUUGCUGUGUGCGUCUAUUAUUUGCUUGUGACAGCCGGAAAGAAGCGUGGCUAUCUAUUGUUAAGGAUGUAUGGGCAAUGCCGCUUUUGGACUGGAAAUGUCAUCCUCUACUUUUUUUUGCUCUA